GAGAAUCAGAAGCAGCAGCAGCGAUGGCAGGGCGACGACGAGGUGCAGAGCGACGUAGAUGACGACUGUGGUGGAUUGAUUCGUAGCCUGGCUGCUGGUUCCUUUCCUUCAUCGCGGUGUCAAGUAGACCUAGAAAGAGAGAGAGAGAGAGAGAGAGAGAGAGAGGAUGGCAGAUGGCGGACGCAAGAAGCAUCUAUCCGCAUUUAGAACUAGGGUUCAGAUAAGCGUCCGUGGUCGAUGAGUCAGCAGCUGCUACUGCUCUCCUCCAUUAGCCCUAACUGACAACGUCCAUCCUCGCCAUCUCCGCUGUUGCUAUCGAAGAGGAGGAGAAGGAAGAGAAGGAGGAGAAGAAGCGGAGCUGCAUCUCAAUUCCCUCGCGCACUGUUCUCUGCCGUUACUUGCGCGCACACAGACACACAGACACACACACACACACACACACAGAGUCAAGUUACACUGACAGGUUUUGAUUUUCGUGGAGAGCGAAGACAAGUGUCUGCGAUCGCAAUUGUGUACAGCUGGUCUUGUGGGUUGGCGACGCCAGCCCUCCCUCCUGCUUCGGCUUCAUUCCAUUGUUGGUGAAGCCGAGGGAAACACUGUUUGCAACACUCUGCUUAACGCACUUUGAGCACUGCCAAUUCAGAACAGCGAUCCACCGUCGAGGUCUAUCAUAAAAUGUCUUCGCCUGGAUUUCUCUCUGAUGAGCAGCGGAAGUUGAUGAGAUCGUUAUCUCAUGGACGAGAUAGUAUGCCUGAAGGGAAGAAGUUUGUAAGAACAGUUUCUCACGGGCAGCACGCAAUGCCUGAACUUGCGGGGUCGCCAGAGAAACAUGAAAAGUCUGGCGUGAAGCUCGUUUCAGUUGGCAGUGCAGAGGUCAAAAGGGACCGACAUUCUCAUUCUGGAAAGAAUGGAAGACCCAAGAAAGGUGGUGGAGGUGGGAAAGGCACUUGGGGUAAGCUUCUAUCCGCUGACGGUGAUAUUGAGGUGGAUAGGAACGACCCGAAUUACGACAGUGAAGAGGAGCCCUAUCAACUGGUGGGAGCACCAGUUUCGCAGUCUUUGGAAGAAUACAAAGAGAAGGUCGUAAGCCUCAUUGAGGAGUACUUUGCGUCAGGUGACGUUUUAAGUAUGGCCACUGAUUUGAGUAACCUUGGGUCCCCCAAUUUUCAUCAUCACUUCGUGAAAAAGCUCAUUUCCAUGGCGAUGGAUCACCAUGACAAGGAGAAAGAGAUGGCUUCUGUUCUGCUUUCAGCACUAUAUGCUGAUGUAAUACAGCCGGACCAGCUGGCCAAAGGGUUUACGAACCUCCUGGAGUCGGUGGAUGACCUUAUCUUGGAUAUUCCAGAGGCCGUUGAUAUUUUGGCAAUCUUUUUGGCCCGCGCUGUGGUUGAUGAUAUCUUGCCCCCUGCGUUCUUGUCUAAGACAAUGAAGGUAUUGGCAGAGGGCUCUCAAGGACUUGCGGUUAUUCAAAAAACUGAAAAGAGCUAUUUGUCAGCGCCUCAUCACGCUGAAGUAAUUGAGCGUAAAUGGGGUGGUAGCACGCACACUACAGUUGCUGAAGUGCAGGCUAAGAUUGUUGCUCUUCUCAAGGAGUAUGUGGAAAGUGGUGAUAAUGCCGAGGCAUGCCGAUGCAUCCGCGAACUGAACGUACCGUUCUUCCAUCAUGAAGUGGUGAAGAAGGCACUCGUAUUGGCUAUGGAAGAGCCAGCAGCUGAAGGGAAGAUUUGGUCUCUUCUUAAAGAGGCUGCAGAGGAGGGUUUAAUCACUUCAAGUCAAAUGUCGAAAGGGUUCACUAGGAUCUCCGACUCUAUUCAUGAUCUUGCUCUUGACAUUCCUCAAGCCAAGGAAAAGUUGGAGACAUUCACAACGAAGGCCGUUGAGGAGGGGUGGGUUAGCGCACCAUUUUCUCGGGCAGUGGUCUCAGAGCUUAUGGCAGGCUCUGCGGAGUCGCAGGAAGCCCGGGCUUUCAAGGCCCAGGCGACAAAUAUUAUUCAGGAGUAUUUCCUGUCUGCUGACAUUAAUGAGGUGGUAACAAGCUUGGAGGAUCUGGCAGCUCCUGAUUACCAUGCUGCGUUUGUGAAGAGGUUGAUUACGCUGGCCAUGGACAGGAAGUAUCGGGAAAAGGAAAUGGCUUCUAUUUUGGUUUCUGAAUUGUAUGCAGAGGUGAUAUCGAUUGCAAGCAUAGCAAGAGCAUACACACUGCUACUCCAGUCUGCAGAGGACACUGCCUUAGAUAUCCCCGACGCAGCCAAUGAGCUGUCCUUGUUUCUAGCCCGUGCUGUGAUUGAUGAUAUCUUGGCCCCUCUGUAUCUUGAAGAGAUUAGCGAGCAGCUUGCUGAAGGAUCUCUUGGUAGGGAAAUUGUACGUAUGGCCCAGUCUGUGCUCUCUGCACGGCAUGCAGGAGAGCGCAUUUUACGUUGCUGGGGUGGAGGUGGAACUGGGGAAGCUCUAGAAGAUGCAAAGGAUAAGAUCAAGUCGCUUCUGGAGGAGUUUGAGGCAGGGGGUGAACUAGGCGAGGCUUGCCAAUGUAUUCGUGAUCUUGAUAUGUCUUUCUUCCAUCACGAGGUUGUGAAGAAAGCCGUAGUGAUGGCCAUAGAGAAAAACAAUCCCCGCCUUCUCAUGCUACUUCAGGAAUGCGCUAACGAGGGACUUAUUACUACCAGUCAAAUGACCAAGGGUUUUAGUCGAGUGAUGGAUGCACUUGAUGAUCUUUCCCUUGAUAACCCUGGUGCAAAGGAUAAAGCAGCUCAGUAUGUGGAACAGGCCAAGAAGGAGGGCUGGUUGAAGUCUAGCUUCGGUGAAACUGAACCUGCUUCUAACGGCACUAAAAGUGUGAGCCACUGAGCCUGCAAUUAGCCACUCUCGUGCUGUGCCUUUUCACCCGGACUGUGACCUGUAGAGUACUUGCACGAAUUGGUUAUUGAUCUGGAGUAAGAAACUAGCAGCCCUACUGGCCUCUCUCAUGUUGAUACUAGGUUCUGGCGGUGGCGACUGGGUGGCACGACACUAUCGUACCAUUUUUGUGUACUGGGGUACGUUUGCAUUUCCGUCUCCUAUUCCUAGUGGAAAGCCUUCCGUCUAUAGACGAAGGUCCCUUGGAUCUUCAAAACGCCAGAUCUUCACACGUUGUGCAUUUGUUGCAACUCCGUUUGCAGUUUUUUCUGGACAGCUCUGUCCCUGCCCAGAUCGAGGCAGUAUCCAGGCUCUGCAAUUGAACAAUAUGCACGUAGGUUGUUCCCUGGUUGACAGGCAGACAAUAAAUUCCUGUUAUCAAGUAGUCUUUGUAGCUUUGCUUUCAUGUUUUAUGAAUAGUUGUACAGUUCAAGUUUAAACCAGAGUUCCACAGAAGGUGCCUCCUUUGAUCAGCUACUCUUGUUCAUGGUUUGAAGAUUUUAUGGUUGAUGGACAGUGGUUCUGACAUUAUUGACGCUUUAAUGUCAUUAAUACAUGUGGAUACGACACCAACUAUCCUGUGGGUAA